UUAAUCAUUAUCCUUACACUGAACAGCCAGCAGUCUGAAUUUACUUGCUUUGUUAAAGUUUAACAAGAAUACAUGAGGUUGGGGAAGCCAAAGUGGGAUUUAAUUUGUUCACUUAAAACUUUGCUCCCCUUGGUGAGCCAACUUGGUAUCUUUAAGAGUGAUUGAAGGGAAUAAUUCAAAAUGCCUGAAAAUCCUGCUACAGAUAAACUGCAGGUCCUGCAGGUACUUGAUCGCCUGAAAAUGAAAUUGCAGGAGAAGGGUGACACAUCACAGAAUGAGAAGUUAUCUGUGUUUUAUGAGACACUAAAGAGUCCUCUCUUCAACCAGAUACUCACACUUCAGCAGUCCAUCAAGCAACUGAAAGGACAACUCAACCAUAUACCCUCAGAUUGUUCAGCCCACUUUGAUUUUUCUAGGAAAGGUUUGUUAGUGUUCACAGAUGGUUCCAUUGCUAAUGGAAAUGUCCACAGGCCCUCUAAUAACUCCACUGUAUCUGGGCUAUUUCCUUGGACCCCGAAGUUGGGAAAUGAAGACUUUAACUCAGUCAUUCAACAGAUGGCUCAGGGCCGGCAAAUUGAAUAUAUAGAUAUAGAACGGCCUUCAUCUGGAGGCCUUGGAUUCAGUGUGGUGGCCCUCAGAAGUCAAAAUAUGGGAAAUGUUGAUAUCUUCGUGAAGGAUGUCCAGCCAGGGAGUGUAGCAGACAGGGAUCAAAGAUUAAAGGAAAAUGAUCAAAUAUUGGCCGUUAAUCACACACCAUUGGAUCAGAACGUUUCCCAUCAGCAAGCAAUUGCAUUAUUACAACAAACCACUGGAUCUUUGCAACUGAUUGUGGCCAGGGAACCAAUCCACACAAAAAGCAGUACUUCUAGCAGCCUAACUGAUACAACUCUGCCUGAAACAGUUUGCUGGGGCCAUGUUGAAGAGGUUGAGCUCAUUAAUGAUGGCUCCGGACUAGGUUUUGGUAUAGUUGGAGGAAAAACAAGUGGCGUGGUUGUGAGGACUAUAGUUCCUGGAGGAUUAGCAGAUCGAGAUGGAAGACUCCAGACAGGGGACCACAUCUUGAAGAUUGGUGGCACAAAUGUGCAGGGAAUGACCAGCGAGCAAGUUGCACAAGUUCUAAGGAACUGUGGGAAUUCAGUCAGGAUGCUCGUUGCUAGAGAUCCAGCUGGUGACAUUUCAGUCACCCCUCCUGCCCCUGCAGCCUUACCUGUUGCCCUGCCUACUGUAGCCAGCAAAGGCCCUGGUUCUGACAGUUCUCUUUUUGAAACUUAUAAUGUUGAGCUCGUGAAAAAAGAUGGGCAGAGUCUUGGAAUUAGAAUUGUUGGCUAUGUUGGAACAUCUCAUACAGGUAAAUGAAUCAUUUCUAUUUUAUAUUUGGAAAUAAUCAUAAAGGAUGUUAAGGUCAAUGGCGUGAACAUUCAGGGUUUUGCCAACCAAGAUGUUGUUGAAGUAUUACGAAAUGCAGGGCAGGUGGUACACCUAACCCUAGUUCGAAGGAAGACAUCCUCAUCUACUUCUCCACUUCAACCACUUUCAGCCAGAGGAACUGUUGUUGAACCACCCAAACCACCAGCUCUCUUUCUAACUGGAGCAGUGGAAACCGAAACUAAUGUGGAUGGUGAACAGGAGGAAAUUAAAGAUAGAAUGGAUAAUUUAAAAAGUGACAACAUACAAGCCUUAGAAAAAUUGGAAAAAGCCCCAGACUCUCCAGAAAAUGAGCUGAAAUCCAGAUGGGAAAACCUAUUGGGUCCUGAUUAUGAAGUAAUGGUUGCUACUUUGGACACACAGAUUGCAGAUGAUGCUGAGUUACAGAAAUAUUCAAAGCUGCUGCCUAUUCACACUCUGAGGCUUGGUGUGGAAGUGGAUUCCUUUGAUGGGCACCAUUAUAUUUCUUCAAUUGUUUCUGGUGGUCCUGUUGACACAUUGGGUCUCCUACAGCCAGAAGAUGAGCUGCUUGAGGUCAAUGGCACGCAGCUCUAUGGAAAAUCUCGCCGAGAAGCAGUCUCCUUUCUUAAAGAAGUGCCACCCCCUUUUACUUUGGUUUGCUGUCGGAGGUUGUUUGAUGAUGAGGCUUCUGUAGAUGAACCAAGGCACACUGAAACCUCUCUUCCUGAGAUGGAGAUUGACCGCGAUAUGGAUGUCAAUGCUGAAGAAGAUGAUGAUGGGGAAUUAGCACUGUGGUCCCCUGAAGUCAAGAUUGUUGAACUAGUAAAAGAUUGUAAAGGUUUGGGAUUCAGCAUUUUGGAUUACCAGGACCCUUUAGAUUCUACAAGAUCAGUGAUUGUGAUCCGCUCCCUGGUAGCAGAUGGUGUAGCAGAAAGAAGUGGGGGACUAUUACCUGGGGACCGCCUGGUCUCAGUCAAUGAAUACUGUUUGGACAACACCUCACUUGCCGAAGCUGUGGAAAUACUGAAAGCUGUGCCACCAGGCAUAGUACGCCUUGGCAUCUAUAAGCCAUUGGUGGGAUUUAGAGAUGAACCAUAUUUUAAAGAAGAACUUGUGGAUGAACCAUUUCUAGAUCUGGGAAAGUCUUUCCAUUCCCAACAAAAAGAGAUAGAGCAAAGCAAGGAGACCUGGGAGAUGCAUGAAUUUCUGACUCCUAGAUUGCAGGAAAUGGAUGAAGAAAGAGAAAUGCUUGUUGAUGAAGAAUAUGAGUUAUAUCAAGAUCCCUCUCAGUCCAUGGAGUUGUAUCCCUUGUCACACAUUCAAGAGGCCACUCCUGUGCCCUCCCUGAAGGAACUUCACUUUGGUACACAGUGGUUGCAUGAUAAUGGACCAUCCGAAUCUCAAGAGGCAAGAUCCGGGAGGAAUAUCUAUUCCCAGGAGGCACAGCCAUAUGGCUAUUGCCCUGAAAAUGUGAUGAAAGAAAAUUUUGUCAUGGAGUCCCUACCAUCUGUACCAUCAACUGAAGGAAACAGUCAACAAUGCAGAUUUGAUGACCUGGAAAAUCUUAAUUCAUUAGCAAAAAGUAGUCUGGAUUUAGGCAUGAUGCUGGAUGAUGCCCAAGGUCCUAGCUUGCUCAUUGACCUUCCUGGUGUGGCUCAAAGUAGGGAGCAAGAAGAUUUGCCUUUAUAUCAACACCAAGCGACGCGAGUUAUUUCCAAGGCCUCAGCAUACACAGGAAUGUUGUCUUCUAGAUAUGCCACUGAUACAUGUGAGUUACCUGAGAGAGAAGAGGGCGAAGGAGAAGAAACUCCAAAUUUUAGCCACUGGGGUCCACCGAGAAUUGUUGAGAUUUUUAGAGAACCCAAUGUGUCUCUUGGGAUCAGUAUUGUUGGUGGACAAACUGUUAUAAAACGUCUAAAGAAUGGAGAGGAACUUAAAGGUAUAUUCAUCAAACAAGUUUUAGAAGACAGUCCAGCAGGGAAAACAAACGCACUUAAAACUGGAGAUAAAAUACUUGAGGUGUCUGGAGUAGAUUUGCAGAAUGCCUCACACAGCGAAGCAGUUGAGGCCAUUAAGAAUGCAGGCAACCCUGUGGUGUUCGUUGUUCAGAGCUUGUCAUCCACUCCACGAGUCAUUCCUAAUGUACAUAACAAGGCCAACAAAAUCACCAGUAACCAGAACCAGGACACCCAAGAAAAGAAAGAAAAGAGGCAAGGAACUGCCCCACCGCCGAUGAAACUCCCUCCUCCUUAUAAAGCUCGGUCUGAUGACAGUGAUGAAAAUGAAGAAGAAGAUGCCUUUACCCACCAAAAAAUCAGACAAAGAUAUGCAGAUCUGCCUGGAGAACUGCACAUUAUUGAACUUGAAAAAGAUAAGAAUGGACUUGGACUCAGCCUUGCUGGUAAUAAAGACCGAUCACGCAUGAGCAUAUUUGUGGUGGGAAUUAACCCGGAAGGACCUGCUGCCACAGAUGGACGAAUGCGUAUUGGAGAUGAACUCUUAGAGAUAAAUAAUCAGAUUCUGUAUGGAAGAAGUCACCAAAAUGCAUCUGCCAUUAUUAAGACUGCCCCAUCAAAGGUCAAGCUGGUUUUCAUCAGAAACGAGGAUGCAGUCAAUCAGAUGGCCGUUCCUCCCUUUCUAGUGCCAUCAAGUUCUCCAUCUUCUAUUGAGGAUCAGAGCGGCACUGAACCUGUUAGUAGUGAGGAAGAUGGCAGCCUCGAAGUUGGUAUUAAACAAUUGCCUGAAAGUGAAAGCUUCAAACUGGCUAUCAGCCAGAUGAAACAGCAAAAAUAUCCAACAAAAGUCUCCUUCAGUUCACAAGAGAUACCAUUAGCACCAGAUUCAUCGUACCAUUCAACAGACGCAGACUUCAUAGGCUAUGGUGGUUUCCAGGCUCCUCUGUCAGUGGAUCCCGCAACGUGCCCCAUUGUCCCUGGACAGGAAAUGAUUAUAGAAAUAUCCAAGGGACGUUCAGGGCUUGGUCUCAGCAUUGUGGGAGGAAAAGACACACCGUUGAAUGCUAUAGUUAUCCAUGAAGUCUAUGAAGAAGGGGCAGCAGCCAGAGAUGGAAGACUUUGGGCUGGUGACCAGAUAUUAGAGGUUAAUGAGGUUGACCUGAGGAACUCCAGCCACGAAGAAGCCAUCACAGCCCUGAGGCAGACCCCCCAGAAGGUGCGGCUGGUGGUGUACAGAGAUGAGGCACACUACCGGGAUGAGGAGAACUUGGAGAUUUUCCCUGUGGAUCUGCAGAAGAAAGCUGGCCGGGGCCUGGGCCUGAGCAUUGUUGGGAAACGAAAUGGAAGCGGAGUGUUUAUUUCUGACAUCGUGAAAGGCGGAGCCGCAGACCUGGAUGGGAGAUUGAUUCAGGGAGAUCAGAUCUUAUCUGUGAAUGGGGAGGACAUGAGAAAUGCCUCACAGGAGACAGUGGCCACCAUCCUAAAGUGUGCACAGGGGCUUGUGCAGCUAGAGAUUGGAAGACUCCGAGCUGGUUCCUGGACCUCCGCAAGGAAGACAUCACAGAACAGUCAGGGCAGUCAACAGAGCGCACACAGCAGCUGUCAUCCCUCCUUCGCUCCUGUCAUCACUGGCUUGCAAAACCUGGUUGGCACAAAAAGAGUUUCAGAUCCUUCCCAGAAAAAUUCAGGCACAGAUAUGGAACCAAGGACUGUUGAGAUAAACAGGGAGCUCAGUGAUGCCCUUGGAAUCAGUAUUGCUGGAGGAAGAGGAAGUCCCUUAGGAGAUAUCCCUAUAUUUAUUGCCAUGAUUCAGGCCAGUGGAGUGGCUGCACGGACACAGAAGCUUAAAGUUGGGGAUCGGAUUGUCAGCAUUAACGGGCAACCUUUGGAUGGGCUGUCUCACGCGGAUGUGGUUAAUCUGCUGAAGAACGCCUUCGGGCGCAUUAUCCUGCAGGUUGUAGCAGAUACCAACAUAAGUGCCAUAGCAGCUCAGCUUGAAAACAUGUCUACAGGCUACCACCUUGGUUCACCCACUGCUGAGCACCAUCCAGAAGACACAGAGUGAGUAUUUCAGAUGCAGAGGGCCUAUUAUGCAUGUGGGCAAAGCUCAAAAGAACUUUUCCAGAUACUCAAGUGCACUCUAAAGGAGAGGAGGCCAAAGCGCCCAUGACUUUUUCUAAAUUCUAGGGAAUCCUUAUUUCUCACAAGGCUUAAUUCCACCAUAUGAGUUCUUGAAAGACCAUUGUUGCAGGGCCUGUGCACAUGCUGCACCUGGUCACUUUGACACAGUGCCUAUGCCUGCUUCCCUAAGAAACCACAGAUGUAUAGCCCAAGUGCACCCUGCUUUAUUGUGCAAGGAGCCAUGUUUCCUGAACUUCUAGGCUAAAAUCUUGUUCUGAGAUGAAAUCUUGUUGUUAUACUUGCUGACAUGUUUCAUUAAAACCAGUCAUUGCAGUUAAAGUCAUUCAUUAAAGCAGGGUUUCUCAAACUAGAAUGUACAUAAGAGUAAUCUAAGGGCCGGGCACAGUGGCUCACGCCUGUAAUGCCUGCAUUUUGGGAAGCCGAGGCGGGUGGAUCACCUGAGGUCAAGAGUUCGAGACCAGCCUGGCCAACAUGUGAAACCCUGUCUCUAUUAAAAAUAUAAAAAAUUAGCCAGGCGUAGUAGCGGGUGCCUGUAAUCCCAGCUACUCAGGAGGCUGAGGCAGGAGAAUUGCUUGAACCCAGGAGGCAGAGGCUGCAGUGAGCCAAGAUUGCACCACUGAACUCCAGCCUGGGCAAUAAGAGGAAAACUC